AUGACUAUCUAUCAGUUUGCUAGUGAAAUUUUGCAUGAAUGUAGCAUGUCGCAGCAGGCAUAUACGUCCAUGAUGAAGUUUACUAUGGAUGGUCGUCCUUAUGUCAAGGAUAUCCACGACUUAUUUGGUGCCUUGAUGGUCCAAAUCCGGUUCGAAACUCAUCGCUACUUGUUUCGAAACUACCAAAACGCCUUUUCAUCCGAAGAUGCCAUCCAAGUACUGGGCAAUUUGAAAUUCUCACAAACUGUUCGCGUGCCUGACCCAAACAAUCCUUCGCGGUUGUUGCGCACAACCACGACAACGACAUUCAAUAUGGCGCGUGACAUGGCCCGAGCCUUAUGCCAACAAUUUGCGUGGGCUCGACUGAUGGAAAAUGCUGUAGAUCAACAAGUCCGUUCUUUUAAAGAACGUGGUCUCUGGCGAUUGACUCAUAAAGGUGUUGCGGCAUUACAAGACUUUUGUGUCCGGACCGAAGCGGAUAUGCCUCUGGGUGCCAUUCCGCCCACAGUAAAUACCGACGCGUUCGAUUUGAUCGAGAUUGGUCGGUCCAAGGAUUACGAUCAGAUGCUGUUGACCCGACAGACGGUUUCCAGUGUGUUUCGAAUCAUGGUCCGCUCUUUGCCCUUGGAAGGAGUGGAUCAUCAUCAGCAGCAGCAUCAUCAUCAGCAAGAGGAGAACGCUUCAACCAAGGCUUCCAGCAAACAGAAGCAGCAACAGGAAGGUGAUGUGUUAUCGUCUUCUUCUUCUUCUUUUAUUGAAGGAGGUGGAUUGAAACGACGUGAAUCAGUUGCAUCCUCUACAUCGUCCGUAUCUUCCGCAUCCACAAAUCCAUCCCAUGGUGCUGGUGCACCAUUUGCGAUGUCGUCAAGAGCCUCUUCAGUGACCACAGGAACGACCAUGAGCGAAAAGUCAAGACUACAGCUUUUGGAUAAUCGAUUAUUGAACACGGUAGCAAAUAUGAAGCGUCAACAUCAAAGUCAGCAGCGCCGAUCCUCUGCAAAGAGCAACAACAAUGUGGUCGUCGGCUAUCGAGCUAUUUUCCCUACUCUGUUAUGCUGUGAUUGGAUCACUGAGAACUGCACAGUAGCUAACCGCGACGAAUCCGAAGAAUUGGUGACGGAAUUCUAUCGUUUAGGAUGGAUCGAGCAUCAAGACCACAAGCGCCAAAGCCAUCAUACCAUCCAAGCCCACAAAAAUGUGCUUGUUGUGGUGACGGCCAAAGGACGAGCGAUAGCAGAAACGGAAGCAGCUGAUCAAGACACGAGCAAUGUUUAUGCACGACGGCCCAAGAACAAUCAUCACAGCAGUCCUCGACCCAACAGCUCCGUUAAUGUCGACCAACAAGAGGGACUGAACGGCCGUUUGAAACAAAUAUUAGACGACCCACAAUUACGCUCGUUAUUCAAGGACUUUUUGCGCAGCAACUUUUGUGAAGAAAACCUGGAUUUCUGGAUCGAUUAUGCGACGUUGCGCAGGAAAUGCCGCAAUCAAAGUCCAGCCAUGCCGUCACAGAACCAAAAGGAUUUGUUAGAAGACGCCUACAGUGUUUGGUCGACGUAUCUGGCGCCCCAUGCCUUGAGUGAGUUGAAUGUGGAUCAUUUGUUGCGGCAAGAAAUGGCUCGUUUGGUUAAUGCCACGGUCACUAUCGCGCAAGACCCUCAAAGCCAGCGCGUCAUCAUCUCGACCCACUCGACCUCCCAAAGUUUGCGCAUGAUGCUCAAGUGGUUCGAUAAGGUCGAGGAACAUAUUCUUCGUCUGAUGGCAUCGGACUCGGUGCCAAAGUUUAUACGGACUUCGGAAUAUCGUCAAAUCAUGGAUGCCCGGGAGCCAGAACACACGUGUGGUGAAGAGCGGCGUGAUUCGGCCAUGUCGUCGUCGUCUUCAGUAUCAGUAGCCAACAACAAGGCCCCAUCAGAAAAGGAAGAAGUGUCACUUUUACCAGAGAUACCGCACAGCAGUAGUAUGCUUGUUUAGAUGAACGCUCUUUUUUUUCUCUCUCUUGAUCAUCACUUGUUGUUACUGCUAUUUCAUUACAUACUACUGCUAUCACUACACUACUACAGCUAGACUGCUUCUAAACAUUUUCUAUCUCUCUCUCCCUAAUUUUUAUGAAAAAAUCAAAAAAAAAAGUAGCUUC